GGGUUAAAAACCCAGUUACUCUACAGCAGCUCUGGCUAUUCAUUCUAAAAAACACAUUAAGUUGUUGUGCAGUUUUUGAUUUUGCAAUAAAAAUGCAAAGCAAUCAUCUUUUACAGGCAGUUUUAUACCUUUUGGUGCUGUUUCAUGCUUGUUUCAGUGAUAAUACCGACACUUUCUGUAUUUGGACUAGAUCCACUUCAGGUGGGCAAACACAGUUUGUAUUUCUCCAAAGGACUCAGAUGUCUCUUGUCUUGUAUGACAGCAUCUGGAACAAAAACAACAGCCUUUUUAGCUGCAUAACAAGUGAUGAGCAAUCUGUGAUUGAGAGCUACCUGUCCAGGUGUUGGGAAGACAGUUCAUUCUCAAAGAGCCUCGAUGAACGAUUUGACAUCAGUGAGCUAAUCAAACCUCACGGCCCCUGUGAGGCUGCAGGCAUUUCGGAGGAAUUUACAGCAUCUGUAUGGAGGACCAGAGACCUGAGGAGCGUUGAACCUGAUGGAUUCGAGCACCAGGAGGGUGGAGAAAGUUCCAGACAGACGCUGCACCGAUCAAAGCGAGCUUGGAUGAUUCCAGGGACUCUGUGGUGUGGUUCAGGAAAUGAGGCUACUGCCUUUACAGACCUGGGUGUCUUUGAAGAUACGGAUAAAUGCUGCAGAGAACAUGACCACUGCAAAGACAUCAUCCCCUCUUUUUCGUACGACCACGGUGUUUUCAACACUAACAUCUUCACUUUAUCACACUGUGACUGUGAUAACAGGUUCCGCCGCUGUCUCCUGGGUGUUAAUAAUACCGUAUCCAACCUUGUGGGCUACGGAUACUUCAACGUGCUAAAGAUGCGCUGCUUCGAGUUCUCUCAGCAGAUGCAGUGUGCCAAGAGAACGUGGUAUGGAAUGUGUGCAAUUUAUGAGCUUGCUCAAUACGCUGUGCUGAAAGAUGCAGCAAACUACACCGACACGCUCCCAGAACAAGACAUGGAGACGCUUGAAACGAGUUUUCACCAAGCCAUCACUCUGGGACAAAACCAGGUCACCAAAAACUCAGAAGAAUCUAUUACCAUACGAGAUUCCAAGGGCGGCAGUGAAGAACCGAAUCCAGUUUCGACAUCGCCAGGGCCAUCUGUUACAACACUGCAGUCCAGGAAAUCUGAAGCUUCCGUACUUUCAACAGACGCACCAAAGAUAACAGACAGACCACAGAAAGGCAAGUUUGAGAUGUGUGGACUUUACAGAGACCUGGAUUCAUGCCAUCUACAGAUCCCAGCUUUACAGGAGAAAUUCGGUCUGCGAAACCCUGACAUGAGAACCCUUUAUCAUUGUAACUGUACAGCCAGGCUUGUCCAAAAGAUAUUGUCCAAAGAAUUGGAUGAAACUGAUCCUGUGCAUUCGCUGUUAUUGGAUUUCAUAUCGCAAUCCUGCUUCACCCUGCCACAGUCUGAGAACUGUCUCAGUGGAAAAAGUUGCUCAACUAAUCCAACAGAAGCACAGCUCGUCCAAAACUGGAGGAAAGACACGACAGGAGGGCGCCAUCUAGCGGACUUCAAACGCAAAAUCAAGAGGAUGAACCUAAGGCGCUCCAAGAGGAAAGACUCUCCAGUCAGAUUACAUAAGAAAUGCAUCAGGAUGCACACUAAACUGCAAAGACCUCGAGUUCCUGAACGGAAACGGUCAUAAAGCAGCAAAAAACGUGCAAUGGGAAAACAAUAGCAAUACAAAUGCGCUUAUGAAAACUCUUAUGUACAUUAAGAGUCAAUGAUUUUCAAACGCUUUUCUUCCUUACUCACAAGUGACACAAAUCUACCUUUUGGAAUAAGAAAUGUGUGCUGAAAUAGUAUUGUGAACAUAUUUAUAUUAAAAAUAUAACAGGUCAGAGUGUUACAGUUACCUCAUUAUGGGGUAAUAUGACACAAAUAGGAAUAAUAGUACAUAAAAUUGGUAUAAUGUGCAUUUAAAGUCAACUUUUAAGUUGUAUAUACAUUUAAAUUGAUAUUCAGCCACAUAUUUCAAUGAAAUAAUACAUCAUAAAUGUUAAAAAUCAUUUGAUUUCAUAACUAUUUUUACAGUUGCCCCACCCUCACAUUCAUGAUACGAUUGUCCAGCUUUCAUUCACGUUAAACUUCACCCCACAAGCUAGAGAUAAACUAAAUAUAACUUUAAACACAAGAUAUGCAAUUGGACAUCCGAAAAUCAUUUUCAUACCUCAAAAUCUGUUUUCCGUUUCAUUUUUUUCCCCGAGGCGCAAUUCCCGCGUCUUCUCCUCAGGUAAAAUCGCGGGAUGCAAUUGCGCAUGCGCUGAAAAUGUCAGAAUUGACUUUGUUACGAUAUAUUUCUGUCUCUUUUACCUAAAAUUGCACUAUAUCUGAAUUGAUGUAACAAGCGAGUGUUGUAAAUGCAUGUAAAAUUGUAAAUAACAUGUAAAUUAAUUUUAAUAAAUACAUCUUUAUAUAUA